AUGAUCACCGACGCCAUCGUGGUGUCUAAACCCGGGGCACCCUUCCAGUACCAACAGCUCGAGCUCCACGAUAACCUCCGGCCAGAUGAGGUUCUCGUCCGCAUCAAGGCCACCGGCGUAUGUCGCACAGACCUCAAUUUCUCAAAGGAGAAGACCAUGCCGGAGCUGUUUCCAGCUGUCCUGGGCCACGAGGGUGCAGGUGUCGUUGAGCGCAAAGGAUCAAAUGUUACGAGAUUCGUGAAAGGGGAUCACGUCACCGUCGUCUUCAGCUCUUGUGGGGAGUGCAAGUACUGUCUGCGAAAGCAAACAUCGUACUGCGAUCUGUGGUUUCAGUACAACCUUGGAAUUGGACGGCUGGACGGAUCAAAAGUCUUUUCAAGCCUGAGUACUGGGAGACCCAUCACGAGUCAUUUCUACGGACAGAGCAGCUUCGCAAGACACAUCCUGGUCUCUCAGAGCGGACUCGUGAAAGUUGACAGAGGCUUGUCCUUUGAGAUGGCCGCGGCUCUAGGGUGUGGAGUCAUGACGGGCGCUGGAGCAAUGUUGAACGUGCUCGAUCCAACUCCGGACAUGACAGUUGCCGUUGUAGGUGUCGGAGCCGUGGGCUUGUCCGCAAUCAUGGCAUUGAAGAUGCUCGAGACGCCGCCAAGGAAGAUCAUCGCCGUGGACAUCGUCCCUGCGAGGUUAGAACUGGCUCGCUCAUUUGGCGCAACCCACGGCGUCAAUUCCCAAGUACGACCCGAGCUCAUGAAAGUCCUCUUGGAUAUCACAAACGGGCGAGGUGUGGACGGUGCAAUAGACACCACAGGAAAGCCCCAGGUGAUCCAAGAACUGGUGCACAGUGCUGCAAGAAAGGGGAAGGUGGUGACAGUGGGUGUCGAAGAUGUGUGUCCCUGGACUUCCUCAGCAUUCAUUGCACAAGCUGACGAAAAUUCUCCUCCCAAGCUUUCGGCAGAACCGUCGUUGAACGUUUUCGAAAUGGUGAAUGCGGGCUGUACCUACAUUGGCUGCAAUCAGGGAGACUGCUAUCCUCCAGAGUUUCUACCUAGACUGUUGGCCGCACACUACGAAGGGCUGUUUCCCUAUGACCAACUAAUCAAGACAUAUAGCGCCAAGGAUAUCGAGAAGGCUGCCCGCGAUGUACUCAGUGGUGACACCGUCAAGGCGGUCUUGCUCUGGGACUGA